AUGACCACAGAAAAUAUGGCAGAAAAUCUUAUCAAGAUAACCAAAAUUCAUAUAACUAAUAAACAACUUAUAGAGCAGUCAAAUAUUAAUCCAGAAGAAAGACCAGAAGAAUUUUCUGAAGUUUUUGAAGGAAUUAAUAAGCUGAUUGAAGAAAAUCAAUGCUUUGGAAAAUUUAUCAACCAACUUCAAAAGCAAGCUCUUGAAUUGGCCAGAUAUCAAAAUGAAAUAGAGCCACAAUUAAAACAAGUAAUCGAGUCACAAUACAACGAUUCAGUCAAAUACAAUGAAUUAGUGCCAAAAUACAAUAAACUGAAUACAGAAAACGAAAAACAAAAUGAUUUAAACAGAUACAAACAAAAUAAAUAUCAGCAAGAAAUUGAGCCCAAAUACAUAGAAAAAAUCAACAGCUUAAAUAAUAAUUUAGACAGACAUCAACAUGAAAUCAAUACCUUAAAUAACAAUAUAUCCUGUUCAAAAGCAAAUUGUGGUAAUUUAAAUAAUGAUUAUACUAAAUUAAAUCAUGAUAAAAUUUAUCAAGAUAAUAAAAUUAUUGAACUUAUGACAGAAAAUCAAAACAAAACUCUUUUUGUUAAAGAUUUAGAAAAAUCAAAACGAGGAUUAGAGGCUAUAAAUGAUCAAUUAAGAAAAGAAGCCUCAUCAUAUCAAUUAGCUUUAGAAGAUACAUUAUAUUUCCAUUUAAGUUCUUUUAUAAAUAUUGAUAAUGGUAAAAUUCAAGAAUUAUAUGGGAAACAUAAUCCAAAUAAUCCAAAUAUAAAUGAUAAAAUUUCGAUGAAAACAGUUUUACAACAUCAUAAUAAGAAAAAGCAACAUAUGCAGCCAUUUAUAUCAUUUGCAGCACAAAACCUUAAUCAAUUAAUGACAGGAUAUUGUUAUAUCAAGAACAAUAUUAAAAGAAAGAAUAUAGAAGAUAUGGCAGAAAACCUUAUCAAAGAUAUAACUAGAAUAUUUAAAUUUCGUUUAUUAGUUCAAGAACCAAAAUAUGAAACACACUGGUUUAAAAAUGAUAUAAAAAUAAAUCCUUUGAUUUAUGAAAGGACAAUGGGAUGA